GGGCGGGGGGGGGGCUGCCCUGUCUGGUCUAGUCUUCUCAGAGCCCGAGCGCAGCACUCGAAACAGCCCCUCGAGUAGAAAACACCCGGCUCGGGCGAGCGAGGGCCGUCAAAAUCACCAAGUCGAAGUCAAAGCGGCGCGUCAGGUCGCUGUGCCCAGACCCCAAAACGCAGGAGAUGGUGGCACUCCAGCCGUGCCUCCAGCGUAUGUUUCUUAACCGGUCGCAAAGUGAAAACUGCGCGUCUGACUAGCGCCAUCGCUGUGGGGUAAAUGCAAGCACCUGGGGCAAGCGAGCGAGCGAGCCCUGGCCGGGACCUUGCGGACGAGCGCCGCGCAGGUGUCGGGCAGUGCCGUGACACGUGAAGUCCUGGGGGACGGGACCUGGGCCGUGCCGCGCCAUACCGUGUGCUGUGUGGCGGCCGUGGAAGGGGCUGUAGACCCGUGCUGGGCUCUGCAAACACCAGGGACAUCUGUGCCCUCUGUCACCCUGACGGAGAGAAAAGAAUUAAAAAGGAAGAUGGGGAGUCCCUGCAGACUGAAAAGCAAGUGCUGUGAGACUCUCCCAGGCACAAGCUUAAAUGCUCACCCCAAUGCCAUUUGCCAGAGUGGGGAAGUGCUUCAGCCUGACUCCUCCGUGGUAGUGUCCUGUGGUCAGUAAUUGUCCUGGGAUCGCAUUUCAGUCAUUCUGGAGAUACAGAGAUACCCAUGCUUCAUUAAUAAAAUAGUCUCAUUUAGUCACUCCCGUUGAUGAUAGUUUACCCUAGAUUAUAUUUACUUAGAGGAUUUAUGAAUGUACUUCCUGUGCUGUAUUGGCCUGAUAUUGCAAAGACGAUCUAGUCUUGACCGUUCUAGGUGAUCUGGGCAUUGCGCUGUCUGUUGUCAUCAAGCACACAACAGCUCCCUGGCUGGUAAUGACUGCACCAAGAGGGGCGUCUCGAUUAUCUCUACGUUUCCAGGGAACUCAUCAUUUCUUUUCUGUGCUAGAGGUUGCUACAUGUACUGUGAUCAAGCGCUGGUGUUGGUGAAGGUCUCUCAUAGGGAGGAAGAAAAAGUGAAAACUAGGCUUGUUUUUUUUGAGGACCAUAGAAACCAGAAUAAACUUUAGCGUGCUUGUGUUUCAGAGUUUAGUGCCUCAGGGAGCCCUUUGUGGGACCAAAUACUUCCAGAUUUGGCCUUCUCAGCAAUUUUGUCAUCCAAGUUCUGAAACGUUACUGGGAGACUCCUUUUUUUUUUUUUUUUUUUUUUGGAUAUAGGGUUUCCUGAAGCUUGAAAUAAACCCUGUGAUGAAGUGUGUGUCAGGGUGAGGAAGGGGAAAUUAAACAUUUGAAUUACCAAUGCACAAUUAUUGGAACCUGUGUCCAUCCUUAUUAAACUUUUUGGGGGCCUUUUACUUAUGGGACUAAAUCAUUAUUACAUGCACAUUUUUUCCUCCUUUCAGUUUCUCACCUAAGGCACAAGUGGCAGCUUUAAAUUAAGUCCGUCAAGCAGUUCUAACUUAUUAAACUAAACUUAAAAGCAUCUCCUGCUUCCCGUCAUGACUGUAUUAUGAGAGAAAAGAAUCCCAAAAGUUUGCCUAUCUCUGAUUAGUGAGAAAUCGGCAUGCUCAGUUUACAUAUUUUGCUUCAGCACUGGAGAAGGUCUGCAGUUAUUUGCACUAUCCAUCAAACGUGGUGUGAACCAACAGCCCCAAAAAUUACCCUUAUAAGCUUUGAGAAGGAUGGGAGCCAGUUCGUUGUAGGCUACUAAUCCCCCAGCUCUGGGCAAGUACAGAGCAGCUUUACAGUACCAUCAAUGCUGUGAUCUUAGCAGUCCUGGAAGUGACCAGCACCCUCCUUUUCAAGGGUUUUUAUAGUCACUAUUGGGGCUGCUGUCACCCUAGAAGCCUUGUAAAUAAGGGGCAAUCGUGCCUUGAAGGUGAGUGGCUCUUGUCAUUUCAAGGCCCAACAGCCUAACAGCAGUCCAUUGACAAUGUCUUCCAGAAAUAGCUUGUCCAUCUCUGCAGCAGGUAGUCUCUAAGGUGCCACUCUGCCCUGCCUUCUGCCUGACUUCAGACUAACACAGCUAACUACCCCGUCCCCCUGCCUGUCUUCACUCUUUGCACUGUUAAACUACUAACGAGUAGUUAGUUACACAUUAGAUAGUGGAUUGAAAGAUGCUAGAUACUUAGUUGUUUAUACAGUAACAAGUGUGCACAAAUCCAGUUUGUCACAGUAUAAGCCACGGGUAAUAAAUUGGAGCUAGCACUUAUCCAAACGAUGCCCUUAUCCAGCAUUCAGAAGAGCAGAGUGCAUUGUAUUUACACACUUGGGAAAAGGUGUCCAUAAUAACUUUCUUUCUGUUUUCCUUACUGUCCUUCCAAGCUGAAAAAAGUGUCAAACAGUCCAGGUGACAUGUUGCCAAAAAGUAAUUAUUAAUUGUCCAUGUUAUGUUUUCAAAAUAAUAACCAGACACAUCUUAUUUGUCCACAUGCUGUUUGGAUGGCUGAAAAUAUAAACCUUAAAUGUAACAGGUACAAGACACAGGUGUAAAUUACUAGCCCAGUAAACCAGGUUCUGACAUAACUCAGCAUGCUAACAGCUUUUAUCUUGUGAGAAUCAGACAUUUUUCUUCACUGAGCUGUGGUUACAUCUGUGCUGGGUAUCAUUAUUCUGAUCUAUGUCAAUAAUGUUCACUUGCAAGUAAACAGUAAAUAAUCAGAAACCUCACCCCUUUACCUUUCCCACUGGGUGUAGAAAGUGCUGAGCAACUGUUUGGCAUAAAAUCCUGGCCCCACUCGAGUCAACAGGAUUUUUGCCACAGACCUCAGUGGGGCUGAGAUUUCACUCUUGGUUUUUCACUGCAAGCAAAAGGCAUCAAAUGGCCAGUUUAUUCUCGUUAAGCAUUGAAUGCUGACUUGAAAAACAAAGAUAGUUAAUAAAAUAUUUCCAGUUCCUUUCCAGAUUUGUCUUUCAAGUAUUGUUCUUUCUUCUUGAACUGCUGUUUUUAUGUUAUAUGCUUCGUGUAGAUGAAUGGACAGAGGUGGACAGGAAACGAGGUACUGUAACCUUUUAGUUGCAUGCAGUAGAUGAACGCAACCACAUGCACAUACAUGAGGCUCGUUGCACAUAUGCACUCCAAACCUGGCUGCUCCAGUGCCAGAGUGAUAGUGUUAGAGAGACCAACAGGAUUCUUCAAUCAAGAUUUGGUUUUUAAAAACAGGCAUUACAACUUUAGAUCUAAAUGAAAAUGUAGGCGGGGGGGGACAUUUGCAAAUCAUGUCCUUAAAACUAGUUUCUCUGAAAAUUAAUUUAAAUCAGGAAAUGAAUAUCAAUACUUGAUAACCAGAGUGACCUCCUAGCCAAAUGUGAAUGUUUUUAGUUAACUUUAUACAAAAGCAAGCAUAUAACUGUGUGAGUGCUGUGAGCAGUGUUGUCAUGUAAAAUACAGGCAGUUAUCAUGUAUGCUGCACAAUUGUAUUGCUGUAAGAUUAUUCCUUACUUGCUAAUCCCCUGCCUAUCCUGCAUUUUAGUCACCACUUCCCUGGGCUCAGCACUGCUUGAGCAGCUUCCCUUUGAUAAUUAUGAUACCUGUUUUCCAGUAUAAGGCCUUCAGAGUUCUCUGUACAUUUAUUUAAGGUGCUUAUCACUGUGGUAUUUAAAUGCUCACUUGAUACCACCGUGUAUAUAACCUGGAGUUUGCUACUGUUCUUUUCUGUGGCUCCAUCACAUUCUGUCCAGUGACAUGCUCUUCCAGAAUUCAAGGUGCACUAGCAGAACAAAAGGCUCUGUAGGACUUGCAUUCAAAGCUGAGGUGAGAAGAAUAAAGCAUUCUUUUUUUUCACACACAUGGUCAAAGCACAAAUGAGUUUCACACUGAUCAGUCAAAAAAAGCUUUAAUACUUCACCUUCUGACAUCAGGAUUAUAUAGAGAAAGUACUAUGUCCUUCAGUGGAUGCUCCUCUUAAAGAGAAUGGCCCUUUGGAGUCCCAGUUCAGAAUCACAGGAUCUUGUUGGUGCUAAGACAAGACCAUGAUAAAGGUGGGUGUAACUUAAACCAACUACUCCCAUAAUGUCAGGAAUUAUUUUACACAAUGGAGAGAGAAGGGACUGGCUGCAGGCAGGUGAACUGAAAUGACUGGUAUCUGAAACAAUAAUUAGUGAUUUUAAGUUGGGGGCUUUUGGUAUGAAUGUGCAUGAUGUUUGCAUCUGGCAUCAGCUGUCAGCAAGUCCACCCGACCAUAGCAGGCUAUUGGGCUGGCUUGAUGAAGGCAGGCCACUUUGCAUAGCUCACAGUACACAAGGGAGUGAGGAAGCUGGCAUUGAUCUGGCCACUUUGGAUUUCUUUGCCUAAACCUGCUGCUAUCCAGCAACAGGUGGGCUGCCUGGGCACAGCCUUCUGCAUAAGACUACAAUGGGAUUUGGCAGACUCCAGUCUGCCAGCACACCCAGCAGUUACUUAGUGCAUCAGCAUGGUGUUCUGUCUUUUAAUUAAAAUUCAGUGCAGGUUGGAUGGGUAAAUUACUGUGGGCUUGGAUUACUCCCUUGGCUGAUUUUAAUGUAAAUUUGACAAGUAUGAGCAUUGUCCAGACAUCCAUUUAUCGGCUUCAUGUCAUGCAUGUUAUCCAUGUUGUGUUAAACUGCACUAGAAACUAAGAUGUGAGUCACAAAUGCCGUGACACAUGUAUGGAGAAAACUGCUGCUGUCUUUUUCACUGUAUUCUCCCCUACAUGUCAGCAUCUCCUGUCUGCACCCAGCCCAGCCCCCUGCCCUUGUCCCACUGGCUGAGAUCCUCCUGCCUACAUUGCUUUUAUGCUGCAUUGUCUGGAGUGCUCCCAUCCCUGCUCUGAUGCUCCUUGUUCAAGGAUUAUUGUCCUGAAGUAGGCUGGCUGGCAUCUUCCCCUUGGAGCCCCUCCUUCAUCCACCCCUUAGGAUUUCUUUGCUUGACCCAAGGUUCUUGUCCUUAGAUCCUAUAAAGAACUAACAAACAUUUGCUACCAGCUGGGUGCCCUUAAGGUGAACUUUUCUGAAGAAGACCAAAGUUGGCUCUGCCUCUCACCUUGAAUCUCUGUUUUUUUCACAGCUCUGGUUUAGCUUUCAUAGAUUUCGUAGACAUUAGGGCUGGAACGGACCUUGGAAGAUCGAGUCCAGCCCCCCGGCCCAGGGGCAGGAAGUCAGCAGGGAUCAUAGGAUCCCAGCAAGAUAAACAUUCAGAUGUCUUUUGAAGGUGUUCAAAAGCCAAUGAAUAAUUUUGAUUGAAUUAAUUAAUGUGCAUAGAGUAUAAUUGGUGUGUGGUGAACACAAAUCUUCCCAUUCAGUUGUAAAAUACAUGGUCUUGGCUUUGACCACUGUGGCAGCUUUCAAUAGGAUUGGCCCACUACCUGUUUGAGUGGCAGUGAUUCAUCUAAGCCAAUGCUAACAGGUGUAGGAGAAGCCUUUAGAAAGUCACAACAUGUGCCAACAGCUUUAAAAUAUUUUUGUGGGUAUCACCAUAAGAGCAGAAAUUCUUUACUUUCUCCUACAUGGCUGACUAGCUGCAAAAUCAAAUGAUGCUUAUUCACAUUGUGUUUGAUUACUCUCCACUCCUACUGGUGUGUGGCUGUUGUAGAUGGGUUCAUUGCAUUUCAGGGAAGUGAGGUUUUUUGGCUGGAAUUAGUAACAAGUCAGUUAUUUGCCGACGGUAUUUUCUAAAGGUCAGAGUUGAUUUGGGUUUGUUUGGGUCUCUGCUGCUCAGAAGCUGGGGAUGGAUGGCACCUUAUUAGGCAGGUCUAGAUGCCCGCCAGGGGAUAUGCUGUUCUGCAGCGUUGUAAACAUUCCCUCCCAGCAAGCCCAGAGAGAAUUGCAUCAGUGAUGGAAAGCAGUACAGUAACUACAAUUACCUGCCCCAGCUUCUGAGCACCCAGGAGCUGCCACCUCUGGGUAUCUAACAAAGCAUCUGGCAGAAAGUGAAAAUAAUUGUUUCAGUAACUUCCCUUUUGGACAUCUGUGCAUCAGCCCACUCACCACCCUCACCAUAGUCAAAGCCCAUUUCUCUUCCCCCCCCUCUUUGGUAGAAUUGGAUAAUAUGUCCUACAGCUAAAGCUACCACUAAGGGGAUAUCAGUUCUUUCUUUAUUCCUACCCCUGAGGUAUGUGUAACCCUUUAGAAUUAGCUCAUGUUGUGACCUUUGGCAGCAGUCAUCUGCUUAGAAAAAGCUUAACCCGUGGUCAGUAAUCUUUGGGUUGCUGUAUUAGUUUUCAUUCAGCAUUCCCUUAGAAGGGAGUGAACAUAUGUGUAUGAUGCAGAGUUUAAGUCCAAAUUAAAUUAAUGCCUGAAGAUAUAAGCAGUAUGUAGAGUGUGCGAUUCUUAACUUCCUUUUCAUAGAGGCAAUAUGGCCUAAUGGCAACAGCACACUUGGUAGUCAGUCAUAGGUUCUUUUCUUGGCUUUGCAUCUCUGUAAGUCACCCAGCAGUCCUGUGUCUUAAUUUACAUGCAUGUUACCCACCUUGUAUACGAUUGUUGUGAGACUUUCUAACACAUUUAUGAGGUGCAUUAGAAACCUCAGGCAAAAACCAAUGCAUUGCCUUCAAGGGAUCCCAUUGUUUUAAAUGCUUUCAUGAUGCAACGUAAGAUCAUCAGAAAAAGAACCUUGAAUCAUGCAGUAGACCUUUGUUUAGAAGAGGAAAACGGGUGGAUUGCAGCAGGUGUUGAAGGAGGCAAAAGCAGCUGGCUACAGUUUGUUUCAAGUUUAUAAUGCGAAAAGCUAAUUGCAAACGCAGUUUCCCUCUUAAAUAAUUAUAGCAAUGCUGACAUUGUAGGAACAAAAGAUAAGCUUCUAAUGUAUAAUAAGGAAAGUAAACAUUUUAGCUAUGCCUUAAAAAACAAUGUACCAAAAAGAGCUUUGUUUCCAUCAGGAAGAAGAAAAAAAAAGUUUGUUGCCAGUGUCUCAAAUAAAGGUCUUGCACUUACUGGAAUUUUUGCCACUGCUGUUAUUGGAGCAAAACCUGGCACGAUGUAUUGGAAUCAGAGAACUGUGUUACCCCUUCAUUUUUGUUCUUGUGAUUAUGCGUUGUUUUCAUAGGUGACCUUCACGAGAAUCCUCUUACAACGGUGAAUGUCCAUAUCCUUCAUGUGGAGUGAAAUACAGCACAUAAACUAACUAGAUUUCUUUUGUCUUUACAGUUAUGAAUGACAUCAUCACAACCAUGUUCAAUAAAAAGUUUAUGGAAGAGCUCUUUAAACCACAGGAACUCUAUUCUAAGAAGGCUCUGAGAACAGUAUAUGACCGGCUGGCUCAUGCUUCAAUCAUGAGGCUGAACCAGGCGAGCAUGGACAAGCUAUAUGAUCUUAUGACUAUGGCUUUCAAAUAUCAAGUUCUGCUCUGUCCUCGCCCCAAAGACAUAUUACUUGUCACUUUCAAUCAUCUGGAUGCAAUCAAGGAUUUUAUACAGGACUCCCCUACCAUUCUGAACCAAGUGGAUGAAACAUUUCGACAGUUGAUUGAUAUGUACAGUUGUCUCUCUGCUGGUGAAUUUCAGCUGAUCAGGCAAACUCUCCUUAUUUUUUUUCAGGAUAUGCAUAUCAGGGUCUCCAUCUUUCUGAAGGACAAAGUGCAAAACUCGAAUGGUCGUUUUGUGCUGCCAAUCUCAGGUCCUGUUCCAUGGGGGACAGAAGUUCCAGGACUCAUCAGGAUGUUUAAUUGCAAUGGAGAUGAAGUUAAAAGAGUUGAAUUCACCAGUGGUGGAAAUUAUGUUAUUCCACAAAGAGAAGGCUCUUUUGAUCUUUAUGGAGACAGAGUCCUUAAACUGGGCACAAAUAUGUACAAUGCAAGUCGGCCAGUGGAGACUCAUAUGUCUGGAGCAUCCAAGAGUUCAGCAUCUCACACAAAGGAGAAUGCAGCCCCUAACCCUCUUGCUAAGGAAGAACUGAACUUUUUGGCUAGAUUAAUGGGCGGUCUUGAGAUCAAGAAACCCAGUGGCACUGACCCAGGAUUCCGAUUAAACCUGUUCACCACAGAUGAGGAGGAAGAACAUGCAGCAUUGACCAGGCCAGAAGAACUGUCUUAUAAAGUUAUCAAUAUACAAGCAACUCAGGACCAAGAGCGGAACAAGGAGCUGGCUCAAAUCAUGGGGGAAUUUGAGGUGACAGAUCAGCCCAGACAGAGCACCAGCAAGGGAGACGAUUUGCUGGCGAUGAUGGACGAGCUCUGAAAUUCCAUCUCCCAAAGGCACAGGCAGGACAUGGAGCUGCCUCUAGUCACAUAGUUUGACACAGCCAAACCCUGCUGCCGUUACAGAUCCCAUCUGUUGGUUUUGGGACUAAUGUGCCUAGGCCUGCACGUGGCACCAGAAGCAGGCUCUGGGGGCUACUGGCACAUGUUCUGCCAUAGGCACUCUGGUUUUAAAUGUGGCGUUUUACAUAUUUGCUUCCUUCAUCUUCUAUCAAAGCUCUAGGCUAUCCCAUGCCAGGGAUGCAGCUGCCCAGUAGCUGAAACGAAAGUGCAGUGUUCCUGUUCUGCCUGUAUCCUCCUCUGCUGGAGGCCGGGUUCUGUCCAUGUCCUUUACUGUGAGAAGUGGAAGCUGGCGCAGUAUCUACCAGCCAGUGCCUGGCUCUCAUAGAUGGGGGAAGGAACCACUCCUCCUUCAUCCAGAAUCAUUGUCAGAUGUGUGUAUCCAUGUGUCCAGCAUCACACACAAGACACCCAGGCAGCGCACAGAUGAAGUGAGUGACACGAAGUGCUCUGCUUCGGCCUGGGCCGUGUCCGUGUGGCUGCACACAUGCCAGGGCUCCCCCGGGGCCACCAUGCGAUAUGCCACUGUCCACCUUGGUCCCUGCACGAGCAGCACCUGCAGUGGGGCUCCCUGUGGCUGCUGCAUGCUUCAGCCCCCGGCAUCUGCACCCUCUGGCUCCCAGUGCUGCGGCUGAGGGUGACACCUGCCAUAGGCUCAUGGGGUUGCUCCAGCUGGUGAUCUUUUGCCCUGGAUUACAUUUGUGUAGAGGAUUUACGAAUGUACUUCCUGUCCUGUGUUGGCCAUGUAGUGUAGACAAGGCGGUCGUGACUGUUCCAGGUGAUCUGAGCAUCCUACCGUCUGUCAUCAGGCACAGAACAGCUCCCUGGUUGGUACCGACUGCACCGAGUCGUGCCUCGACUUGUCUCUACGUUUCCAGGGAAAUAUCGCUUCUUGCCUGUGCUGGAAGUUGCUGUAUGUACUGUGACCAAAUGCUGGUGUUGGUGGAGGUGUCCUGUAAGGAGGAAAUAAAAAUGAAAGCUAG